AUGUCAACACCUACCUCCUCCCAAACCUACCAAGUAGUUCUCAACGAUCAAUCUGGUGAUCAAUCCUCCCCAACUCUACUCAACAAUCUCGUUAUCAAAACGGUUGCCACGCCCGUUCCGGGGCCAGGAGAAGUCCUGAUACGCUUCCAUGCCGCCGGCUUGAACUACCGCGAUCUCAGCGUCCUCGCAAACAGUCCUGUUUACCCCAUUGAAACCAUCUCAGGCGUAGUACCCGCAUGCGAUGGUGCAGGAGAAAUCGUAUCUACCGGGCCUGACAGCAAAUGGAGUGAUAGUAUUGGUCAAGAUGUUAUUUUGGUAGUCAAUGGUGGUUGGCUCGAUGGUGAUGAUCUUGCACAGUACACUGUUGAGACCACACUUGGAGCUGGAAGUGUCGAUGGCUCGUUGACUCAAUACGGCGUCUUCAAAGAUCAGUUCAUCGUUAAGAAACCUGCGAAUCUCAGUUUUGAAGAAGCGGCUGCGAUUUCAGCUUGUGCUUCAACUGCUGUCCAUGCGUUGGAUGCUAUCGAAAUCAAGAAAGGUAUGACUGUGCUUACGCAAGGUACUGGUGGUGUUAGUUCGUUUGUGAUUCAGUUUGCAUCAGCACUAGGUGCCCAUGUAAUCGCAACAUCUUCCUCAGAUGAGAAGUUAUCACAAGCAAAAUCACUUGGUGCAUCUGAUAUCAUCAACUACAAAACAACCCCAAACUGGGCGGAAGAAGUCCUUCGCAUCACGGAUGGAAAAGGAGUUGAUCUCGUAAUCGAUGUCGGAGGUGCCGGUACCAUAGAACAAUCUAUAGCAGCAACGAAACUUGGUGGCACAGUGGCUCUUGUUGGAUUCUUAACACCAUCUACUCAGACCGAUCUCAUUGCUUCUAUCAUUUUCGGGGGCAAGACCUUGAAAGGCAUCAGAGGUCAGAGCAAGAAGCACCUGGAGCGCGCUGUUGAGUCGAUUGAGAAACAUAAUCUGCAUCCUAUUAUCAACACUUAUGAGUGGGCUGAUGCAAAUGUGGCAUUUGAGGACCUGAGAAAGGGUGUCAAGGCUGGAAAACUCAUUAUCAAGGUCUGA